AACUCAGUCGUGAAUGUUUCGCGACUUAUAUGUUCUAUACGGCUCAAAGUGUAAUGGCUGCUUUUUAAUUCAUGCACACAGCACAGAGUGGAUAUCCGUAAAAGCGUUUGGCCAGAACGUCCAGGACGGACAUGACGGAAUGUGGUGUUUACUGAUGUUCGAUUCCGCAGCUGGAUGAUGUGAAACAAACACGGACCCUUAAACUAACGAUGGACACCUGGGUGCUGGUUGUUUUUGUGGCACACGGCUGCGGGUGAUGCUCCCUCUCCCCGGCCACACGCCCCGAUCGCCCGCAGCCAACUUCACUGUAAACCAUGAAGAACUGCGAGUUCCAGCAAAUCGACCCGCGGGCACUUCCGACACCCACCCCGACCCCUCCGCAUCACCACCCGGGGAGCGUCACGGCAGAGGAGCCGAGGAGACCCAGGAGGAAGUGGGAAGUUUUCCCCGGGAAGAACCGCUUCUACUGCGAGGGACGGAUCGUCGCGGCCCGGCAGAGCGGGGUCCUGCCCCUCACCCUGGGCCUCAUCCUCGUCACCAGCGGACUGUUCUUUACAUUUGACUGUCCCUUCCUGGUCAAACACCUGACCAGCUGCAUACCUGUUAUUGGAGGAGUCCUCUUCGUAUUUGUGGUCAUCACCCUGCUGCAGACCAGCUUCUCCGACCCCGGCAUCCUGCCCAGAGCCACACCGGACGAGGCCACAGACAUUGAGAAGCAGAUUGACAACACAGGAAACACCAGCUAUCGGCCUCCACCGCGCACAAAGGAGGUUGUGAUCAACCAGCAGGUGGUGAAGCUCAAGUACUGCUUCACCUGCAAGAUGUUCCGGCCUCCACGCACCUCCCACUGCAGCCUGUGUGACAACUGUGUGGAGCGAUUCGAUCAUCAUUGCCCUUGGGUGGGGAACUGCGUAGGGAAACGCAACUACCGCUUCUUCUACACCUUCAUCGUGUCACUCUCCUUCCUGACCUCGUUCAUCUUCGGCUGUGUGACCACACAUCUAGCACUGAGGGCUCAAGGUGGAAAAGGUCUGGUGUUUGCUCUGCAAGAGAGUCCCGGCAGUGCAGUGGAGCUGGUGAUAUGUUUCUUCUCAGUCUGGUCCAUCUUGGGCCUCUCGGGCUUCCAUACUUACUUAGUUGCUUCCAACCUGACCACCAAUGAAGACAUAAAAGGCUCCUGGUCAGGGAAGAGUGGAGAAGAUGUCACUAACCCAUACAGUCAUAAAAACAUCUGUAUCAACUGUUGUUCUGUGCUCUGUGGACCCAUGCCACCCAGCUUGAUCGACAGGCGAGGAUUCCUGCCCUCAGAUGAAUCUUCCCAGACAGGCGGCGCGGACAUCGAGGUGCCAGCUGCGGCCACUAAAAGCGAGAUAAAUGUGUGCACACAGGGAACUAAAGGUCUGCUGGAGUCAGCCACUCUCCCUCCGCUCCUGUCCUCCUCGUGCCAUCAGGGGAAACCUCAGACAGCUCAUACCUGUCCAGACAACAGUGCGGCGGUGAACUCUGACCCCUCAGCGGCACUCUCCACGGGCUGCGGGGCCCGUCACACCGCCGGCUCUCGAGGUGAUACCUCUCCUUCACACCACACCAAGACUCACUCGAAGAAAAGUAAACACACAGCUUAACAUAUUCCCAACCCCACCUUGGACGCCCCCUGUUUCCCCUUUCUCUCCGGAUGCUGCCAGCUUCGCCCCUUUGCACCGACGGACACCUU